GUCUCAUCUGGUUCAUAGUUCCUGUAUCCAUGAUAAUCUGCAACGAUGUGAUGGCGUAUGUGUUCGGUUUCUUCUUCGGUAAGACGCCGCUUAUCAAGCUCAGCCCUAAGAAGACCUGGGAAGGUUUCAUUGGAGGUGGAUUCUCUACUGUUGUCUUUGGAUUGUUGCUAUCGUACUGGAUGGCCCAAUUACCCGUACCUGGUAUGUCCCAUCGAGUAUUCGGAAUCCUUGGGCCGUAUGACUAUGGACUGUGA